CGCUUCUUCCCACCCUCAGUCUUUCUCGUCCCUCCGGAAACCGUAGACUACAAAUCCCGGGAGGCCUCUGCCCUCAGCUCCGACUGCACGUGCGCACACUGCUGUCCGCCGGAAGGACAGAUUUUUGGCUGUGUUUACCUCGUUGGGUACCAAGUCGGUUGGCACGCAACGGGUUCUAGGCUGCAGGCUGCGCGAGGACCCGCAGCCCCGCCCCGGCCCGGCCUGGCAGGAAGCAGAGGCAGCAGGCCGUGCCGGGGGGGCAUGUUGCUGUAACCAGUGACCCAGGGGAUGUUACGGUGGACAGUGCACCUGGAGGGCGGGCCCCGCAGGGUGAACCAUGCUGCAGUUGCUGUUGGGCAUCGGGUCUACUCCUUCGGGGGUUACUGUUCUGGUGAAGACUAUGAGACGCUGAGACAGAUUGAUGUGCACAUUUUCAAUGCAGUGUCCUUGCGUUGGACAAAGCUGCCACCGGUGAGGCCUGCCACCCAUGGACAGGCUCCUGUAGUACCUUACAUGCGAUAUGGACACUCAACUGUCCUCAUUGACGACACAGUCUUUCUUUGGGGCGGGCGGAAUGACACAGAAGGGGCCUGCAACGUUCUCUAUGCCUUUGACGUCAAUACUCACAAGUGGUCCACACCCCGAGUGUCGGGAACAGUUCCUGGGGCCCGGGAUGGGCAUUCAGCCUGUGUCCUGGGCAAGACCAUGUACAUUUUUGGGGGCUACGAACAGCUGGCAGACUGUUUUUCCAAUGACAUUCACAAGCUAGAUACCAACACCAUGACAUGGACCCUUAUUGGUACAAAGGGUAACCCGGCACGCUGGAGGGACUUCCAUUCAGCCACCAUGCUGGGAAAUCACAUGUAUGUCUUUGGGGGUCGUGCCGACCGCUUUGGGCCAUUCCACUCCAACAAUGAGAUUUACUGCAACCGCAUCCGCGUCUUUGACACCAGGACCGAAGCCUGGCUGGACUGCCCACCCACCUCAGUGCUGCCUGAGGGACGCCGGAGCCACUCAGCGUUCGGAUAUAAUGGAGAGCUGUACAUCUUUGGGGGCUAUAAUGCAAGACUGAAUCGGCAUUUCCAUGACCUCUGGAAGUUUAACCCUGUGACCUUUACUUGGAAGAAGAUUGAACCAAAGGGGAAGGGGCCCUGUCCCCGGCGGCGCCAGUGUUGCUGUAUUGUUGGUGACAAAAUUGUCCUCUUUGGGGGUACCAGUCCUUCUCCUGAGGAGGGCCUGGGAGAUGAAUUUGACCUCAUAGAUCAUUCUGACUUGCACAUUUUGGACUUCAGCCCUAGUCUGAAGACCCUGUGCAAACUGGCCGUGAUUCAGUAUAACCUGGACCAGUCCUGUCUGCCCCAUGAUAUCAGGUGGGAGCUGAAUGCCAUGACCACCAACAGCAAUAUCAGUCGUCCCAUCGUCUCGUCCCAUGGGUAGGAGGAAGUUUUCUGCCAUCUCCCCACCUGAGCCUGCUGUUGUCUUCACUGCCCCUGACCAUCUCUCACCUGGCUGCUUCUUUGAAUCCUGGACUCCAUACACCUCCACGUGGAGUUGCUGGACUAGAGGUGUUUUCUGUGCUGUGAACUCAGUGGGGAGUCACUGGGGAGAGGGCUAGGUCUCUCCCCAUCUGGGGCCAAAGGCCUCUUCCCCUUGGUGCUGUGUCUCAUCUACACUUACUUCUCCAACUACUCCUGGGCCUCUCUGCUCUGCCCCUGGCCAGUCACCCUGGGAAGGGAAAAGAAAGGGGAUAAAGGCAAAGCAAGCAGUGGCUGACUGAGCCUCAGGAGCUUCCUCAAAUUCUUCCUCUCCCUCCCCCCCUGCCUGAUCCAUGUGAGCAUUGACUGGGAGCUGAGAGGAGUUGCAGCUAUUGGCAUGAAACCUCUUUCUCCCUCAGCUGGGGACCAGCAGAUAAUCCCACCCAUUUGCUGCCUGAGUUGUUGCUGUAACCUGAAGCUCAGCCAGCUCAGAUUUUGUAACAAUUAAAAACCUCAAACCGUG